CUUACGACGGCAAUUGUCGAAAUAUUAAGUGGUAGUUAUAAAAUACGUGUUUUUAAUUUUUCAAUCGCGCGAUAAAACGCGCCUAUUAGCAUAUCUCAAAGUUUUAUUGAUUUAAUAUCCGUUCUAUAGUACUUUAAAAACGAAAAUGCUAUAAAUAAUGCCCUUAAUCCCAUCUAGUAGGUACCUAUAUUUAACGAAAAAAAAAUCACAAGACAACGUAAAGCAGUUAUAAUUUAUGGAAUUUGCCGCAAAUUAAAAACCUUUUCAUAAUUAGGUAUAUCAGUAGAAAUAAAUUCAACACUCUAAUUUAAAUAUAAUUAUUUUCCCACGAUGACAAAGAAAUAUUCUUUGCGUUGGAUUGAUUUCCAUACAAACCUAUAUCAUUCUCUUGAAUCUUUUCUUAAAGCGGAAGAGUUAGUAGAUGUGACGCUGUCGGCGGGUGGAAAAGACUUUCAUGCACACAAGCUUAUUUUGUCAAUCUGUAGUCCGUUUUUCAAAGAUCUUUUUAUAAAGAAUCCUUGUGAACAUCCAAUUGUAGUUCUAAAAGAAGUAGAACAUGUAGAACUGUGUAAACUGCUACAAUACAUCUAUCAUGGGGAGGUCCAUGUCACGCAACAGGAACUUAAUCCCUUUCUUGAAACGGCAGAAUUUCUUCAGAUCAAAGGGCUAGCUUCGGUCAGAGAAAAAAAUGAAACAGCGCCUGAUGAAUCCAAUGACCAAGAAGCAACGAAGGAACCAAACCUGCCCCUCGACUGCCAGUCUGAAAGUGAUUCUAAAACAAAGGACACGACAAAAACCACCGACCCUCCUAAAGAUUCCGUGAGUGAAUCUAUAAAAAAGGAUUCCAAGUCAAACUCAAAAAAGCGUUCUAUUCACAGUACCUCAAAUAAUAAUAAUUGUAACGACGUGAAAAAAGCCCGCCGAGAUAGCGACGGUGUAUCUAAUGAAGGCAGUAAAGAGAGCAAAGAUAUUGCGCAUACGGUUGAAACUGCUUGUAGUAACAAACCAGAGACUUUGGUUGGGGGCGUUUGCAGUAAGAAGUCGGAGACUACGGUUGGAAGCGUUUGUAGGAAGAAGCCCGAGACUUCGGUUGGAGGAGUUUGUAGUAAGAAGCCGGAGACUACGGUUGGAGGCGUUUGUAGUAAGGAGCCAGAGACUACUCAAAAUUCCGGAUCGAGUAGCAAAACUGAUACGGUAACAAAGUUCAAUUGCGUACAUUGUCAUCGGUUAUUCGCCAAUAGCUACAACCUGAAGGUUCACAUACAAGACAAGCAUGAUAAAGCAGAGAAAACUUUAAAGUGCCGUAAAUGUCAUAAACGCAUGAAAAAUCCAUCAUGUCUUCGUGUACAUAUGUAUACUCAUCACAAACCUGUGUAUCAGCAUCACAGUUUUAAUUAUAAACCUGAGUAAGAUAUCUAAAGGAAAAAUUAAUUAUUUAAAUGAUUUCGUUGCGGCUCAAUCAAACUGGUACGAUGAAAGAUAACUCUGCAAUUCAAAAAUAUCAAAAAAUGAUACCAAAUAACGGUACUAAAUAUAUUAAAACAAUUGCACAAUGCA